AUGAAUGCGAGAUGUACACUUAUAUUCACUUUGUCCACGCUUUUGGCCAUUGGGAAAACCGCACAUGCCCGCACUUAUUAUUUAAUGGGCGAAGAAGACAAGAUCCAUUUGGACAAAAUUUUUAGGGAAAUUGAUAAAUUAAAUAAGCUGACAAGAGUCGAGUACACAUAUGCUGCUGCUUAUUCCAUUGCAUCGAACAACCAUGUAAACGAAAGUGCCGCCGGUGUUCCUCAUAUAUUAGAAAUGUUUAAAACAUUUAGGUGGAUUUCGAAGCAUUACAAGAAAAUGAGACAAUUCGAGUCAGCUGAGUGGGAGAAUUUUACACAACUGAACUUGGCUGAGGCGCAGGUAUUUACUGGAGACAAAGGGAACCUUCAGUCUAUGGAGCAAAUUUACUUGAAAUUCUUUGGAAAGGAUGAUCUCAUCAGUCGGAUGGCCUUCUUAAAUCAGUUUCACCUCUACACCUGCAAGACGCCGCAAUCGCCACAGCAAUUUCUUUACUUCAUUUAUGUGAACUACAUCAUUCACGAACUGAAGGCGCACGCGUUGGUAGAGUGGUCCUGGCUGUUGCUCCGUAAAUUUGGACGAGGGGGAUCCGUCGAGGAGGAGCAGGCAAGCCGGGCAGCUUACAAGCGACGGACAGAGGGCACCCUACCGAAGAUCAAAGUCCUGAUGAGCCAAGCAGAGCGUUCCGUGUGGCGGUGUGAUCCCCAGAAACACCAAUCCGGGAUCACCUAUGAGGAGGUAAACCGCCUGCUGCAGGGUUACGUGGAGAAUGAGGUGGACCUGAAUAGCGAUGGAGCCUGCAAUCAUGACUGUGGCUACUACAACUCCGCCAAAAACGAGGGUUGCUUCGACAAUAAGUUUUGUUCCGAGCAACCAAAGUGUACGGGCGGAGUUCACGAUUGUCGCUUUGUGGAGUCAAGUAUGCAGAUUUGUCAGGCGGAAAAGAACUCUAGCAGGCGGUACGAGUUCAUAAAGUACGAAAGUGGUCUUGUUCAUGGCAAUGAGAAGCCUUGUGCCUCGUGGUUGACCAGUGCAAAGAGUUGGAAUCGGUGGCUUUUCAUGGAAUGCAGCUACUGCCUUUGCUUGUGCGAUGAUCAGAGUCUCAACCUGCGUCCUGUGAUCGCCGAUGUGGAUAACAACAGGGUAGUGGUGGGGCUUCGAUUUGUGAAGAUCAAUCGAAUUUUCCACCUGCAAAUUCAGGAAGGUGAACUUCUGCCCCUUGGAGCCAUCAACGAGACCACACUUCUGUGGAAACCCGUGGAUUCGUACUCCAUAUCCGACAAGGAUGUGUCUGAAAACGUUGACUACCAUACACUAACCUACCAAAAACGAUCCAUUGAUCUGGGUGAUCUGAAUGCGAAAAUAAAUUCAGUGGUUACCGGCCUGCGAUUCCGAGUGUUUGGAGCCCAUCUUCAACUGGAGGCCCAGUUCACGGCGGUGGAGUUUGAAAGCGGAAAGCUCAUCGAUCCGAAGAAGACCAGCCACUGGAUCUCCAUGGGCACCGAUCAGCCAAGGGAGAAAUUGCCACUGAUGGACGCCCAGGUAUCCACUAAGUCCUCAGUGCUCUCGAUACCUUACCCAAGUGACAAUCAGUUCAUCGAGUUCACCAACACCGGCUUCAUCCAGGAUGCUGCCCAAAGAACGGUGCCCUUCAUCGAUAUUCAGGACGUAGUAUCGGAGCCACCGGUUCCACUAUCAGGAAUCGGCAUUUAUUAUAAGGGUCAAAAUGGCUACGGUGGUUUCUUGGCGCCUCGACUCAUUACGUACGAUUUCACCUCAUAUGUUCAGAUGCCAACAUGGGAAUCAAUGCAUUUCAAGGAUACUGAAUGA